GUGGGAAAGGUUAUUUAUUGGCGAGCGGGCGAGGAUCUGUCAACUGUGGAGCAGGGAUUCAAAAAGCGUGCGCGCACUGCCGUUAGAUUACAUGCCCGGCCGCCCCAGCGUUACCGGAUAGUGUGCGCUUGCGGGGGGGGGUUCCUCAUUAAAACGAAAAUGAGCAGUAAUGCAGCCAGUCCCAUGUCAGCUGGAGGGAACACUGCGUCGAGCAGUGGGAAGGGAUCGGCAAAGUCAAACAGCUUUGUUGCAGAACUUCAGACCAUGAUGUAUGCUCUUGGGGAUGCCCGACGACCUCUCCAGGAGACUGCAGUUUUGAUUGAAGAUAUUGUGCAUUCUCAAUUGAUUAACUUGUUGCACCAGGCUGCUGAAAUUUCACAGGUCAGAGGAGCUCGAGUCAUAGCUGCAGAAGAUCUUUUGUUUUUAAUGCGGAAAGACAAGAGAAAAUUACGGCGAUUGAUAAGGUAUAUGAGUUUCCGGGAUUUCAAAUCCAAAAUUAUUAAAGGUGUUGAAGAUGAAGAUGUUAUUGAAGCAGACAAAUCCAGCAGCAGUAUAAACAAGCGGCAGAAACUCUACCAAGAAUUCCUCAGUUCCAUUGACCAAACAGGGGAGCUGCUGGGCUUGCUUGAGGAGGAUGAUACUGAUGAAGUCAAACAGGAGCGGCUGGAGAGAGCUGAACGCCAAACUCGAACGAUGGAUUCAUCUCAAUAUGCAGAGUACUGUGAGAGCCGACAGCUUAGCUUUGCCAAGAAGUCAAGCAAGUUUAAAGACUGGUUAGACUGCAGCAGCAUGGAGGUCAAGCCUAACCCAAUUGCUUUGGAGAUCAUGGCAUACUUAGCUUAUGAAACAGUGGCACAGCUGGUGGACCUAGCCCUUUUAGUGAAGCAAGAUAUGGCCGCUAAAACUGGGGACCCAUUUAAUAACAUCAGGUCUGGGACAUUUGCGCAACACAACACUCUAUUGCCUGAGAUGCAACUUCAUGUUCAAUCUGUCAACUUGAAGAGCAAUCUUGAUUCCCCUGAAAAUACACCUCCAUCCACUCCGACUACCCCGGCAUCAACAGUGCCACAUGUGUCUAAAGCAUAUUCAGGAAAUCUGGGCAAUGGAAGCAUGGGCCAAGAUUCCAGCAAUUCCAAGGCAAAAACUCGCAAGCGAAAAAAGAGUGCUGCAGCUUGUGGUCUGGAGACUCACAGUGAUGCCAUCCAGCCCAGCCACAUCAGAGAGGUGAUCCGACGGUACAGCCACAAAAUUGGCCCUCUUUGUCCAUUCACAAGUGCAUACCGCAUAACAGGAAUGACAUUUUUAACCUGCUGAAAAAAGGAAGGAAAAAGAAGCUUCUUGUUACUGAAACAUCUGCAAGAAAACAAGGUUCUGUCAUUACACCGCAUACGUGUGUGUCGUGUGAGCAGUUGUGACAAUUAACUGACCUGCACCCCGCCAUUAAUCCUGUUUACUUGAUGGAAUGUUUUGGUUAAUAGAAGCCAGAUGGUUGGCGUGCAUGUAAGUGGAGAGGAACACAGAUCAGCAGCAGUCUUCGACAUCCAUUUGUGUCAUAUUGAAUAAACGGAAUGAAAUCUUUUUUGCCCAAGUAAAGAGUAAUUUUCUGCAUUUGUGCUCAUGGCACAUAGAAAUCCUCACCCAUGACAAAAGUUGUAAACCCAAAAGAUUGCUUCUGUUCUAACAUAGUCAAGGUGUGUGUUAUUGGGUAACAAAACUGUAAAAUUGCCCACAAUUUGCCAACAGAAGAAAAAAAAUGACAGAUUUAUUUCAAUGGAGUGACUGACUGAAAAGGUUAUAAUUUUGAUUGGCAAUACAAUCUUUCUACAAUAAUGCAAAGUUAAUGUAAUUCUGCCAUAGUUAAGUGACCUAUUGAUUUCAUGGAAGUAUAAUUGUCAAAUGUUUGCAUUUUUAAACAACAUCUAACACACUUAAUUUAGCUUACUUGCAUGUAUAGACAAUGAAAAUUUGAAAGGUUUAGGUUGCUAACUCCAGGGUGUUGAAAAUAGGAAUUCAAUGUCUCAUUGUCACCAAAUGUUUGUGAAUUCAUGACUAUUCUACAACCACUAUUAAAUGCCUGUAUGGGGAAGUCAAACAUUUUGAAUAAACAUUAGUAAUUCCAACUGA